UUCUGGGGUUUGCAGGGGUACAUAUUACAGGGGUUGGUGGGUGAGCUACAGACAAAAUUAUUUCUAACGACACAACCAGCGUCAACACCUCUUCAACCUUAAACCCGCCACAUACAAACACCAACAAGAUGCCGAUUACAAUAUUACAACCGGCAGCCGUCCCGGUUCACGGUCCCAGAGACCCCAGCUACGACUCCGACUCGGAUUCAGAAGGAGGGGUAGAUUUAGAAGGCGACAUCUCCAUGCGCCCAACCAAACGAGCUCGAAGGACAGACGACAACUCGAUCGUGACCCCGGGCGAAAUAAUCACAGAAGAUCCGCAAUGGAUGCGCGGCCACGGCACAUACACAACCGCCGACCCCCCCGCCAUAAAAUCCUCCGUGGCCGGGACCCUCUCCAAAACCAACAAGCUCCUCUCCGUGCGGCCCCUACGCGCGCGAUACACUCCCGAGAUCGGCGACCUCGUAGUCGGCCGCAUAGUCGAAGUACAAGCGAAACGGUGGCGCGUCGACGUCGGCGCCUCGCUUCUCGCACAGCUGCCCCUCAGCGCCGUGAACCUCCCCGGCGGGAUACAACGACGGCGCACCGAGACCGACGAGCUGCAGAUCCGGACCUUUUUCUCCGAGGGCGAUUUGCUGGUCGCUGAGGUGCAGCAGUUAUACGGAGACGGCGGCGCCGUGCUGCAUACGCGCAGCUUACGCUUCGGGAAGCUGCGGAAUGGGGUGUUUAUGGCUGUGAGCGGGACGGGAGGAGGCGGUGGUGUGGUGCGUGCGAAGCGGCAGACGUUUAUUUUGGAUAUAAGUCGUGCGGCUGGGGAUACGGAUCGGAUUGAUGUGGUGUUGGGCGUGAAUGGGUAUAUCUGGAUAAGCAAGCAUGUUGAUGGCGAGGGAGCUGCGGCGGAGGGCACGGGACCGGGUAUUACGCGGAUUGAGGAGAGCGUGGGGUUGAAUGUUUACUCGAGCCAGAAUGACUCGAUAUCCGCGCCUACAAUGCGGGAGAUUGCGCGGGUGAGAGGGGUUGUGAAUGCGUUGGUCGAGAAUGGCCUACGUGUUGACGAGGAGAUGGUGGUUGCUGGCUACCAUGAAGCUGUGGAGAUGGCGAGGGCGGAUGGUGAUGGUGAGGAGACGCUGUAUCUCGGGGGUGAGAGGGGCAAGAGGCUGGCUGUUACGCUUACAGGCCGGUAAGGACUGUCUGCGGCAAAGAGGCCAUGGAAAGACUUAAUGCUCUACAGGAAUAGGUUUAAUACAAGAUAACCUAUGGAAAGGAGACUGAUGCAUCCUAACCUCUAGCUAGCAGAUCCAUAUCAAAUAAAGAGCAAAAUACCA